AUGAGUACAAAUACUGAACAAGAAAAAUCAACAGUUGAAUUACCAUCAACUAUUUCAAUUGAAAAUGAAAAUCCAUCACUUAUAUCAUCAACAACAACAACAGAUGAUAAUUCGACUACUCAAGUUCCUAUAGUUGAAGAACAACAUUCAACAUCAUCAUGGUUUGAUCAUUUUGGUUUAUCAUCAAAUUUAACAAAUCAAUUAACAAAUAUAAGUUCAUCAAUUAUGCAAGUAACUUCAAAAGUAGGUGCAGUUGCUAAUACACUUGUUCAUAAAACAUUACCACAACGACCAUCAUCACCAAUUGAAAAUCAACAAUCAACGGAUACAACAACAAAUAUUGAAGAUGAUAAACAAACUUCAGAAGAAUCUACAGGCAUGGCUGGAAUCAACAAAGAUCUGACUAGUAUAUUUAAUGAUCUAAGUUCAACUGUAAUAAAAGGUGCACAACAAUUAAAACAUGUUGUUGAAGAAACAUCAUUAAUUGGUGAUUUUACAAAAGAACAUGAAAAAUUUGUAAUUGAAAAACGUACACAACAACGUCGUGAAGAAGCAGCUGUUCCACCUUGGGUUGGUUAUGUUGAAGAAGAAGAAAUGAAAAAACAAAUUUUAGCACUUUCAAAAGAAAAACGUAAUUUUCUUCGAAAUCCACCACCAGGUGCUAAUUAUCAUUUUGAUAUGACUUCUUUAUAUCCAGUUGCAUUAGCAACACUUGAAGUAGAUGAAAAUUUAAAACAAAUGCGUUUUGAUCUUGUACCAAAACAAAUUAAUGAAGAAAUAUUUUGGCGUAAUUAUUUUUAUCGUGUUAGUUUAAUUAAACAAUCGACUCAAUUAUCGGCUUUAGCACAUGAAAAUGCAAAUAUUUCAUCGACUGAUGAAACGCAUGGUGUAUCAGAUAUGCGUAAUCGUACAACAUCUGAUUCACAUGAUAAAACUCAAGAUGGAAAUCAAGAAUUUGUUAGUGAAGAUUAUGAUGCAUCAGCUGUUAGUAUGGAUGAUAUUCGACGUGAAAUUGAACAAUUAACUGAAACAAAACCAAAUUCAAAUAAAACAAAUCCAACUAAAGCUGGUAGUCCAGAUUUAGAUGACAAUGAAUGGGAUAAAGCAUUGGCUGAUGAACUUGAAAAUGUUUCUGCUGAAGAACUUGAAGCACAAAUAAAUCAAAUGUUAGCUGGUGAUAAAUAA